AACUGUUCCGUUCUGUCCCCUCCUUUGUCCUGCCCGCAUUUGCCCGUACGACCCCCCCCCCCCAUUUCACCUUUCUCUCAGGCAGAACAAAUCCUAAUAAUAUAUAUUUUUAAAACGUGCUUCGGACCAACACGGCUACCCUCCUGAAUCUACCUCUUUAAAACGUGUAAUUCUCUAGCACCAGUGAAAAAUGACCACCACGAACAAGACCCCUCCUGGUGCAGAUCCAAAGCAGCUGGAGAGGACAGGAACUGUUCGGGAAAUCGGAUCACAAGCUGUUUGGUCACUUUCCUCUUGUAAGCCAGGAUUUGGUGUGGACCAGUUACGAGAUGAUAAUCUAGAAACAUACUGGCAGUCUGAUGGAUCACAGCCUCAUUUGGUGAACAUACAAUUCAGAAGAAAAACAACAGUGAAGACACUUUGUAUUUAUGCAGACUAUAAAUCAGAUGAAAGCUACACUCCAAGCAAGAUCUCCGUCAGAGUAGGAAACAACUUUCACAACCUACAGGAAAUCCGGCAACUUGAAUUAGUCGAACCAAGUGGUUGGAUUCAUGUUCCCUUAACAGAUACUCACAAGAAACCAAUUCGCACUUUUAUGAUACAGAUUGCUGUUUUAGCUAAUCAUCAAAAUGGAAGGGACACUCAUAUGCGACAAAUUAAGGUUUAUACACCAGUGGAAGAAAGUUCUAUUGGUAAAUUUCCUAGAUGCACCACAAUUGAUUUCAUGAUGUAUCGGUCAAUCAGGGACAAUUCAAGUUGGGCAUCUUCUGGAGACCGAAGACCAGCAAAGGACCAAUAAAUCCAACAAAGCCACCAUUCUAACUUUGCCUGGCAUAUCCAAGAAGGUUAUAUUUUGAACUCGUGGCUCCUCCUUCUUCCUCGUCUUUCACCUCUCCCUC